UGGAGGCUGGGCCUGAGGUCCUGGAUCAAGUCUCCUCUCCCCAUCUCUUUGAGAAGGUGGGCUCUAAGGGUCCUGGACUAUGGCAAGUGUGUGUAACAAGGAGAUAGGGGGCUCCUACCAGGCCAAGUGGGGUCUCCUCUCACCCACCUCUGCAUCUCUCCCUCAUCUACCAGCUGCGGAGAACAAGUUUGCAAAGUUCCUCAUGACCUGUCUCAAAUGCUGCUUCUGGUGCCUGGAGAAAUUCAUCAGAUUCCUCAACAGGAAUGCCUACAUCAUGAUUGCCAUCUACGGCACCAACUUCUGCACCUCAGCCAGAAACGCCUUCUUCCUCCUCAUGAGAAACAUCAUCAGGGUGGCUGUCCUGGACAAAGUUACCGACUUCCUCUUCCUGUUGGGCAAACUUCUGAUCGUGGGUAGUGUGGGGAUCCUGGCUUUCUUCUUCUUCACCCACCGAAUCAGGAUCGUGCAGGACACAGCACCACCCCUCAAUUAUUACUGGGUCCCUAUACUGACGGUGAUUGUUGGCUCCUACCUGAUUGCCCACGGCUUCUUCAGCGUCUACGGCAUGUGUGUGGACACACUAUUCCUCUGUUUCUUGGAGGACCUGGAGAGGAACGAUGGCACCGCUGAGAGGCCUUACUUCAUGUCUCUCACCCUCAAGAAGCUUUUGAACAAGACCAACAAGAAGCCGGUGGAGUCUUAAAGGCCCCGCCCUCCUACCCCUCCCCGGAAGUCUCAGAAUGGGUGCUUGGCAGCUGGGUCAGAACCCCCAGCCCAUCGGGCUGACCUGAAGUCCUAUCACUGCCGCCCCCUUCCUGCCCCUCCCCAUCAUCCAGUUACCACCAGUUUCCGGGAACCUGGAGGAUUUGUGGGAUCUCCUCCCUAUGCCAAGGGCCAGUCCGCGUUUUCACGGCCGCCCCCCACCCCCCAAAAAAACUGUGCGAUGAGUCUCUCCAGCCCCCACUGGCCCGGAUGAGAAGCCCAGCGAGGCUUCUUGACGUCUGACAUGCAAGGGCCCUCUGCGGGCUGCCCUCCGCUUCCUGUCCCCCUCUUAUGACAGGACAGUGUUUGUGUCUGCAGCAGCGGUGGCCACAGGAAGUCCACUUUUCACUUGCGUUUGCUCCGGCCAGGAUGCCAGGACCCGUCUCUGGGGCUGAACAACUGGUUACCGACUGCUGCAGGCAUUUAUUAUUAUUUUUUUAACCUGGACAUGCGUUAAAGGUUCUGUUAGCUUUUUUUCUGUCAUCACGGCUGAGAUGGGGCCACUGAGGAAUGCUUUCCGAUGUCCCCUCCUCGGGUAGGGUUGGGGUGGGGGUGGGGGUGUGCCAGGUAGGGGUGUCUCCUGGCACAGAAGGCAGGCUGUCCGGGUAGGGAGGCUGGGAUCAAGCUGGUGUGGAACAGGGGGGAGGAGGUCGCUAAUAGCGGCUUAAUGGAAACCGGCUGGCUGGCAGGUUGGGCCGAAUCCCGCCGCCCCCCGCCGCCCUUCUCUGCCAGUUAUUGACACAGCUCUCUUCGUAAGAGAGAAAAGAAACUGAAUCCACCCAAGGGAUGAUUUCAGAGGAAGUGGGGAGAUGGGCAGAUGCCCUGGGCAAAUGGGGGGACCCCUCCCCCCCGCCCAGUCACCUCCCCUUGAGGAUCCUUUUGCCAAAUUUGUUGAACUCGGGGGGAACGGGUGUGCUGGUUCCCCCUUCGCCAUAUCCCAAGCCCCCCACCCCACCCCACCCCCGCUCAAUCCAAUCCAGGAUCCCAAUCCGGGAUCUGGAGAAAUCCCAGCCUGGGGUUUCUGUCUCCAGUGCCUGCCGCCCCCUCCCCCGUUCUGUCCGUACAGCCCUACUUGUAACUGCAUUCCAACCACUAAUAAA